AUGUAGCAGAAGUAUUCUGUUGUUGACUAGACAGACACUAUAGACAGCAGAACACAUGAAUGAACAAAGAGGAGAGAAAAAUAAAGAAAGAAAAAGGGCAGAUGGGCCUUCUCCUCCUCUUUUUCUUGUUCCUCAACAAAAAGUAAAACCCAAUUAUAAUUCUUCAGCUGUCUAAUAUUUUGGGAGAGACAGACUCACAUUUUGAUAAUUUCUCUUCCCUUUCCUUUUCACCAAGAUGAGCAUAAUAAGGUUAUUAUUGUUGCUCCACAAUGCUCUUCUUUUGGUAUCUUUGAAUCUGAUAUACAACUACUCAUCAGUCACCGCCGUUUCUCAUCCUCCUCCCGCAGCUGAUUCGCCUGCCGAGAACUUACCACCAGCACCUCAUGACGCCUUAGCUCUUUUAGCAUUCAAAUCAAAAGCCGAUUUGCAGGGCAAGCUUGCAUUCUCAUCUAACACCAGCUUGGAUUAUUGCAAAUGGCAAGGACUGCAAUGUGUUCAAGGCAAGGCAGUCCGAGUGGUCCUCCAAGGGCUGAGUCUCGAGGGUGUUUUUGGUGAGGGCACAUUGAGUCGUCUCGACCAGCUCAGAGUCCUGAGUCUGCAAAACAACUCCCUCACCGGACCCAUUCCGGAUCUCUCUGGUCUUUUCAACCUCAAAUCCCUAUUUCUCGACCAUAACUCUUUCAAUGCGUCUAUCCCACCUUCAAUCUCCACCCUCCAUCGUCUCCGAACUCUAGAUCUCUCUUACAACAAUCUCACCGGACCAAUACCUGUGUCUUUAACGAAUCUCGACCGGUUGUACUAUUUUCGGCUCGAUUCAAACCGGCUCAACGGUUCGAUUCCUCCUCUCAAUCAGUCGUCUCUCCAAGUCUUCAAUGUUUCCAGAAACAAUUUAACAGGUGCUGUACCAGUGACUCCGACUUUACUCCACUUCGGCACAUCGUCGUUUUCGUGGAACCCUGGACUCUGCGGCCAGGUCGUAAACAAAGAAUGUAACUCACAGGUACCCUUUUUCGGCCCAGUGUCAGUGCCAGCUGCACCGCCGGUGGCGGCGCUUGGGCAGAACGCACAAACAGAACAAGGCGGCGUUGAGUGGGAUCAGCCGAGUGGUGCGAAGAAGCACAAAAGAACCACUGUCAUUGUUGGGUUCUCAUUAGCGGUUUUGAUACUGAUUGGUUCAAUCUUGUGUUUUGCAAUUGCCAUAAAUAAGCAGAAGCAGAAGAAGAAGAAGCAGCAGCCAAAGGUCCCGCCAACGAUAGCUUCGGACUCCGCCGCGGCCUCACACGCGGCAGUUGUAAUGAGAAUGGAGGAAGAGAAUGAGUUGGAGGAGAAGGUGAAGAAGGUGCAAGUGAUGCAAGUUGCAAAGAGUGGGAGUUUGGUAUUCUGUGCUGGGGAGGCACAGCUUUAUACGCUGGACCAACUAAUGAGAGCUUCGGCGGAGCUGUUGGGGAAGGGGACGAUUGGGACUACUUACAAGGCGGUGCUGGAUAACCGUCUGAUUGUAAGCGUCAAGCGACUCGAUGCAGGUAAAUUGGCUGGAACAAGUAAAGAUGAGUUCGAGCGACAUAUGGAAUCAGUUGGGGGACUUCGACACCCAAAUCUGGUUCCACUCAGGGCUUACUUUCAGGCCAAAGAAGAGAGGCUCCUUGUCUAUGAUUACCAGCCCAACGGCAGUCUCUUCUCUCUCAUCCACGGUUCAAAAUCAACGAGAGCAAAGCCACUGCACUGGACGUCAUGCUUGAAAAUUGCAGAGGACGUAGCACAAGGUCUCUCCUACAUCCACCAAGCAUGGCGCCUUGUCCACGGCAAUCUCAAGUCCUCCAACGUCCUCCUUGGCUCUGACUUCGAGGCUUGCCUAGCCGACUACUGCCUCGCUGCCCUUGCUAGUUCCUUUCCCUCUGAUGGCGACGAUGACAUCAAUAUAGGCUGUUACAGAGCUCCAGAGUCCCGAAAGUCAAAUCACCAAGCCACAGUCAAGUCAGACAUCUACUCAUUUGGAGUUCUUUUACUUGAGCUUCUAACUGGCAAGCCUCCAUCACAACAUCCGUAUCUAACGCCUAGUGACUUGAUCAAUUGGGUCAGGUCCAGCAGGGAAGACGAUGGAGGGGAAGACAGCCAGUUGGGAAUGCUUCUUGAGGUGUCUAUAGCUUGUAGUGCAAUGUCACCAGAGCAAAGACCCACAAUGUGGCAGGUAUUGAAGAUGAUACAAGAGAUUAAAGAUGCUGUUAUAAUGGAGGAUUGCAAUUCUGAUCCACUUACAGGGAUGGCUUAGUGUAGGAAAACAGUAUUUCAAACAACCCGACUU